CGCCGCCGCCGCCGCCGCAGCCAUGGGAAGGAUUUGACAGGGCUCGGAGCGCUUGUGCCGGUGUGUCGGGGCGUGCGUCCCGCCCGCCGCCCCUUGGCGCAGCGGAGGAGAAGGGGGCGACAAUGAAGAUUUUAGUUUUUUUGAAUCACUGAAAAGCCUUAAAAGGAGACUCGUAAUAAUAAUCAUUAAAAAAGAAACUCCAAUGCAAACUGAAACAACCAUGUCUGGAGAAGUGCGUUUGAAGCAGUUGGAGCAGUUUAUUUUGGAUGGGCCAACACAGACUAAUGGGCAGUGCUUCAGUGUGGAAACCUUGCUGGAUAUACUCAUCUGCCUUUAUGAUGAAUGUAAUAAUUCCCCUCUGAGAAGAGAGAAGAACAUCCUUGAGUAUCUGGAGUGGGCCAAACCUUUUACAUCUAAAGUGAAACAGAUGCGACUACAUAAAGAAGAUUUUGAGAUUUUGAAGGUGAUUGGUCGAGGAGCCUUUGGGGAGGUUGCAGUAGUAAAACUGAAAAAUGCAGAUAAAGUUUUUGCCAUGAAGAUACUUAACAAGUGGGAGAUGCUGAAGAGAGCUGAAACAGCCUGUUUUCGAGAAGAGAGAGAUGUGUUAGUGAAUGGAGAUAACCAGUGGAUCACAACAUUACAUUAUGCAUUCCAGGAUGAAAACUAUUUAUACCUGGUUAUGGAUUACUAUGUUGGAGGAGACCUGCUUACAUUGCUCAGCAAGUUUGAGGACAGACUCCCUGAAGAUAUGGCUCGUUUUUAUUUGGCUGAAAUGGUGAUAGCCAUCGAUUCAGUUCAUCAGUUGCAUUAUGUUCACAGGGAUAUAAAACCAGACAACAUCUUGAUGGAUAUGAAUGGACAUAUUAGAUUAGCAGAUUUUGGUUCUUGUCUGAAACUGAUGGAAGAUGGAACGGUCCAAUCUUCAGUGGCAGUUGGAACACCAGACUACAUCUCUCCAGAAAUCUUGCAGGCCAUGGAAGAUGGAAAAGGGAAGUAUGGGCCCGAGUGUGACUGGUGGUCCCUGGGCGUUUGCAUGUAUGAAAUGCUUUAUGGAGAAACGCCCUUUUAUGCUGAGUCCUUGGUGGAGACCUAUGGGAAAAUAAUGAACCACAAAGAGAGGUUUCAGUUUCCUGCUCAAGUGACAGAUGUCUCUGAAAGUGCAAAGGACCUCAUCCGAAGGCUCAUUUGUAGCAGAGAGCAUCGACUUGGACAAAAUGGAAUAGAAGACUUUAAGAACCAUCCAUUUUUUGCUGGGAUUGAUUGGGACAACAUUAGGAACUGUGAGGCACCUUACAUCCCAGAAGUCAGCAGCCCUACUGAUACAUCAAACUUUGAUGUGGAUGAUGAUUGCUUAAAAAACUCUGAAACAAUGCCUCCACCAUCCCACACUGCAUUUUCUGGCCAUCAUUUACCGUUUGUGGGUUUCACAUACACAAGUAGCUGUGUGCUUUCAGACCGCAGCUGUCUAAGACUGACAGCUGGACCACCCUCCAUGGAUCUUGAUGCCAGCAUUCAAAGAACUUUGGAGGACAGUUUAGCAACAGAAGCUUAUGAGAGGAGAAUAAGACGUCUAGAACAGGAAAAGCUUGAACUCAGCAGGAAGCUGCAAGAGUCCACCCAGACAGUGCAGGCUCUGCAGUAUUCAACAGUGGAUGGCCCAAUAACAGCAAGCAAAGAUUUAGAAAUUAAAAGUUUGAAAGAAGAAAUUGAAAAGUUGAAGAAACAGGUAACAGAAUCUGGUCAGCUAGAACAGCAGCUUGAGGAGGCCAGCACUGCAAGGAGGGAAUUGGAUGAUGCCUCCAGACAAAUAAAGGCUUUUGAGAAGCAAGUCAGAACGCUGAAGCAAGAGAGAGAAGAUCUUAAUAAGGAACUGGCAGAGUCUAGUGACAGAUUAAAAUCCCAAGCCAAAGAGCUGAAAGAUGCACACAGCCAGCGGAAAUUGGCAAUGCAGGAAUUCUCAGAGAUGAACGAGCGGCUGACAGACUUGCACUCUCAAAAACAAAAGCUUGCCCGCCAGCUCCGAGAUAAGGAGGAAGAAAUGGAAGUGGUGAUGCAAAAAGUAGAAAGUUUAAGGCAAGAGUUACGCAGAACAGAGAGACUUAAAAAAGAACUGGAAGUCCAAGCUGAAGCUGCAGCUGCUGAGGCAUCCAAAGACAGGAAAUUGCGAGAGAGGAGUGAACAGUACUCUAAACAGUUGGAAAGUGAAGUAGAAGGGCUAAAGCAAAAACAGGUUGGUCGCUCACCUGGGGUAAGCAGUAUAGAACACCAGCAAGAGAUCACUAAAUUGAAGGCAGACCUGGAAAAGAAGAGUGUUUUCUAUGAAGAGGAACUAUCUAAACGUGAAAUGAUGCAUGCUAAUGAAAUAAAAAGUCUGAAGAAAGAACUGCGGGAUGCAGAGAGCCAGCAGCUUGCCCUCAAGAAGGAGAUCAUGGUUUUGAAAGACAAAUUAGAGAAAACCAGAAGAGAAAACCAAAGUGAAAGAGAGGAAUUUGAAACAGAGUUCAAACAAAAGUAUGAACGAGAAAAGAUUCUGCUGACAGAGGAAAACAAAAAACUUACAAAUGAACUUGAUAAGCUCACCACCAUGUUUGAGAGGCUGAGUAUGAAUAAUCGGCAGCUGGAGGAAGAGAUGAGAGACCUGGCUGAUAAGAAAGAGUCUGUGGCUCACUGGGAGGCCCAAAUCACUGAGAUCAUCCAGUGGGUAAGUGAUGAAAAAGAUGCUCGAGGUUAUCUUCAAGCCUUGGCCUCUAAAAUGACAGAAGAGCUGGAAGCCCUGAGGAACUCCAGUUUGGGUGCAAGAGCUACAGACAUGCCCUGGAAGAUGAGGCGCUUUGCAAAGCUGGAUAUGUCUGCAAGGCUGGAGCUCCAGUCUGCUCUUGAUGCUGAAAUCCGAGCCAAGCAGGCUAUUCAGGAUGAGCUGAACAAAGUCAAAGCUUCCUGUAUCUCAACAGAGUGUAAAUUGCAAGAAUCUGAGAAGAAGAACUUGGAGCUUUUGGCAGACAUCGAAAGGCUGAAAAAGGAGACAGAAGAGCUUAGAUCAGAAAAGGGUGUAAAGCACCAAGACUCACAGAAUUCUUUCUUGGCAUUUUUGAAUGCGCCUACCUCUGCUCUGGAUCAAUUUGAAAUUGAUUCAGUUGAGAAUUUUACAUUGUCUAAUACUCCAUCACGGGAUGAAGAUAGCAAGUCUCACCUCCAUUCAAGAUCAAGGUCUCCUUCUACAGCCAGUGAGAUUGAACCAAUUGAGGUUACAGAUCAUCCUCCCCGUUCAAUUCACACGCCCACCAUGAGGACAGCGUACGUUGGCUCGGGACUCUCUGCACCAAAGCCUAAAGCUCACCAGUUUGUAGUGAAAUCGUUUAAUACACCAACAAAAUGCAAUCAGUGCACAUCCCUGAUGGUUGGUCUGAUACGACAGGGCUGUACUUGUGAAGUGUGUGGAUUCUCUUGCCACGUGACCUGUGCAGACAAGGCUCCUGCAGUAUGUCCAAUCCCUCCUGAGCAGACUAAGGGACCUUUGGGAAUAGAUCCACAGAAAGGCAUAGGAACAGCUUAUGAAGGACAUGUCCGGGUCCCGAAGCCAGCUGGAGUAAAGAAAGGCUGGCAGAGAGCACUGGCAGUGAUCUGUGAUUUUAAACUCUUCCUGUAUGAUGUAGCAGAAGGAAAAGCAUCUCAGCCCAGCGUGGUAGUGAGUCAGGUCAUAGACAUGAGGGAUGAAGAAUUCUCAGUGAGUUCUGUCUUGGCCUCAGAUGUCAUCCAUGCAAAUCGGAAAGAUAUCCCCUGUAUCUUCAGGGUUACAGCCUCCCAGCUCUCUGCAUCCAGUAACAAGUGUUCAAUCCUGAUUCUAGCAGAUGGUGAGAAUGAAAAAAGCAAGUGGGUGGGUGUGCUGAACGAGUUGCAUAGGAUCUUGAAGAAGAACAAACUCAAAGACCGCUCAGUCUAUGUCCCCAAAGAAGCCUAUGACAGCACCUUGCCCCUCAUCAAAACAACACAGUCAGCAGCAAUCAUAGACCAUGAAAGAAUAGCUCUGGGGAAUGAAGAAGGGUUGUUUGUUGUGCAUGUCACCAAAGAUGAGAUUAUCCGUGUUGGUGACAAUAAGAAGGUCCAUCAGAUCGAGCUCAUCCCGAGCGAGCAGCUCAUCGCCGUAAUCUCAGGACGGAACCGCCACGUGCGGCUCUUCCCCAUGGCCGCCCUGGAUGGAAGGGAGACUGACUUCUAUAAGCUGGCAGAGACCAAAGGCUGCCAGGCCAUCGUUUCUGGGCACGUGCGCCACGGGGCCCUCACCUGCCUGUGUGUAGCCAUGAAAAGGCAGGUGCUCUGUUACGAACUCAAUCAGAGCAAGACGCGCCACAAAAAGAUCAAGGAGAUCCAGGUGCAGGGGAACGUCCAGUGGAUGUCCAUCUUCAGCGACCGUCUCUGUGUAGGCUACCAGUCAGGUUUCCUAAAAUACCCCCUCCAUGGGGAGGGCAGCCCGUACAGCCUGCUCCAUCCGGACGACCACACGCUCUCAUUUAUCUCACAGCAGCCAACUGAUGCCAUCUGUGCAGUCGAGAUCUCAACUAAAGAAUACCUGCUGUGUUUUAGCAGCGUCGGGGUUUACGUCGACUGCCAGGGCCGAAGAUCCAGGCAGCAAGAGUUGAUGUGGCCCGCAACUCCAUCUUCUUGCUGUUACAAUGCACCAUACCUCUCUGUGUACAGUGAAAAUGCAAUUGAUGUCUUCGACGUGAACUCCAUGGAGUGGAUUCAAACUAUUCCUCUCAAAAAGGUACGACCCUUGAAUACAGAAGGAUCACUAAACCUUUUAGGCCUGGAGACAGUCAGAUUAAUAUAUUUCAAAAACAAAAUGGCAGAGGGGGACGAGCUGGUGGUGCCUGAGACGUCAGACAACAGCCGGAAGCAGAUGGUGCGGAACAUCAACAACAAGCGGCGCUACUCCUUCCGCGUGCCCGAGGAGGAGAGGAUGCAGCAGAGGAGGGAGAUGCUACGUGAUCCAGAAAUGAGAAAUAAGUUAAUUUCUAACCCAACUAAUUUUAACCACAUAGCACAUAUGGGUCCAGGAGAUGGCAUACAGAUUCUCAAAGACCUCCCAAUGCAGCGUUCCCCUUAUCAAUUCCCUCAUCAUCACUCCCGUCUGAUCUCCUCUCCGAGCAACUUUGAGCACAUCUACCACAUGACUGUUAAUUCAGCUGAAAAAUUCCUCUCUUAUGAUUCCAUUCACCCUGCAUUUUCCCCGCCUCCACGCUCUGUCCUCGGUACUCCAGACUUUGUCACUCUGAGGAACCUGCGGCCCCAGGAGAGCCGGACGGUGUUCAGCGGCUCCGUCAGCAUCCCGUCGAUCACCAAAUCCCGCACGGAGCCGGGACGCUCCAUGAGCGCCAGCAGCGGCUUAGCAGCACGAUCGUCGGCGCAGAACGGCAGCGCUUUGCGCAGGGAAUUCUCGGGAGGGAGCUACGGAGCGAAGCGCCAGCCCAUGGCAUCACCCUCAGACGGGUCCCUGUCCUCAGGAGGGCUGGACCAGGGCAGUGAUGCUCCCACAAGGGACUACGAGCGAGAGGACUCUGACUCUCCAAGACACUCGACAGCAUCGAACAGCUCCAACCUCAGCAGCCCUCCCAGCCCGGUUUCUCCUCACAAGACCAAGAGCCUCUCCCUGGAGAGCUCUGACCACGUGAGUUGGGACUCAUGAACUGCUUCAGCAUUCAGAUUUGGCAUCACAUCAGCUUGCUGUCCCCAUGGCUGUCCCCUUCACUUGCUCCAGUUCUCACCUUCAUCCUCCUAACCCUCCCCAUUCCCUGUCGGAAAAGGAUCCGGGAGUGGGGUACAGAGGAAGGUAAAAGCUGGUCGCCUUCAGCACCGUUCAGCAUUGCCUCACCUCCCCAGACCUGACAGCAGCAAAUGAGCAAAGCUAGGGUGUUGGUAAAUAUCAGAUGCUGUAGAUUUGUAUUAGUAUUGGUUUCAUUUUUGUGGUUACAGCUGCUUCAUUUUUAAAGACAUAUUUAUCCCACUCCCCUUCCACUUCCCAAAAGGUAGCGUAAGUAGACCAGACCAGUGUCAACAAGAGAAAAUUCAGAGGGAUUUUGUUUUCAUACAGUAGCUCAUUGUACUGUACAAAAGUAGCACAGAGACCCCUUCCCCUCCAUGGGGAAUGAUCAGUAUGUCAGAGGCACAUAAAAGCUUUCAGCCACCACGUUUGAAUGUCAAUCUGAUUGUCGCCAGCAAAUCCUUAUUGAUUAAAAUGAUGCAUAUUUUACUACA